AUGAAGGACGAGGGUGGAGCAAUGGAAGAGACGGAGGAGCAGGUAAAGUUCAGGGCGAACACUCUGUCCCUUUCAUCGAAAAAGUUCGACAUUGGUGGCAAGGGGUAUCUCUCGCCUGCGGAACGGUUGGCUCGUGAAAUGGACAGCUGUGACGAGGGAGGGCUGAGCAAUGAAAAGGUGGUCGAAAUCGUUGAGGAAACGUUGAAGCUGCGAGAACACAACACACGGCUGAUUCAGUCGGUGUCCAACAUGAAGGUCCUCUCCUGUGUUCUCUUGGCGGUGGUGAUGAUAUUGUCUCUGGCCAAUCUUGGGACAUCCUGGGUGGCAGUUGAGUUGGCCAAGGACACUACGAUCGACACGAGUGGGAUGAUCCGUAGUAAGACUGAUGGUCGUGCUGUGCAUACUGUCGGCAAUGGAGAGACGUUCGACAUGACAUUGGAAGACAACUUGCUGGAUGGACACAAGUACUCAUGUGUGUCCGCAGAGAAAGCAGCGAAGAUGUACGGAGCAGCGAAGGAUGGAGUCAACACCAUUGCUGUAUGGAACUCUAACGCAGCCACUGGCACGCAACAGUCGGGCAUGGCGCUCUCUUUCCAAGGGGCCACCAUGAACGACACCCAUGCCUGCCUUCCCGCACAGGAUGGAAGCGACUCGAUCUGUUUCCACUUUCACAGCAAUGCUUGCGCUGAAGAACAAGAACACCGGCGGAUGGAGGUCACGCCUCGCCAAAUUGAACAACGCAGAAAACUUUUCCAGGACCUCAUCGACGGCCGAGGAUCCUCCGAGCACCAUCACCCCGAUCAACACCACCGACACUUGUGUCGCGCUCAAUGCGGGGACUGCUGUAGUGGGCGCCGCUCGCUAGCCCAACAGGAUACGUCCUGUGAUAGUUGCAGCCUCGAAACGAAUGGAUAA